GUAUACAGCUUAUUGUGCUCACUUCUUAUCUCCUGAUAAUCUCAUGUAAUGUACUCAGUGGUAGCCUUAGUGUUGUGUAGAGAAAUGCAGCAGUUAUGACUGCUGAUACUGUCUCUCUAUUGUAUACUUGACUAUUCUCUUAUAACGUUACAAAAUAUCCUACUGGGAUUUUAUUUUUUUUCUUAUGCAUUAUUAGAACCUGCACCGCUGCUCCACGGAAGAUACAAUCCAAAGGCAUUUCAAUUACGGCUCCGAUCAAGAUUAAAAUUCUUAUCACAGAGUUAAUUUAGCAGAAAUUCAAAGACAUGAAGAUGCAUUCACCAUGGGCUCGAUUUUACUCAAACAGCUGUUGUCUGUGCUGUCAUGUCCGCACUGGGACAAUUAUCCUUGGCGUUUGGUGCUUGGUAAUAAACUCGUUAGUCCUUCUUAUAUUAUUGAGCGCCCUGGCUAACCCAGAUCUGUACCAUCUCUCGAACGCUGAGCUGAAAAAUGAGCUGGACUUCAUGGACGAUGCCAAUAUGUGCAUCGCUACUUCAAUUUCUCUCCUAAUGAUCCUCAUUUGUGCAAUGGCAACAUAUGGCGCUUACAAGCAACAUGCAGCCUGGAUCAUCCCGUUUUUCUGCUAUCAAAUAUUCGAUUUUGCCCUUAACUCCCUGGUAGCUAUCAGUGUGCUGGUUUAUCCCAACACAAUCCAAGACUACCUCCGACAAAUGCCGUCCAAUUUCCCUUACAAAGAAGAGAUCAUGUCGUUGAAUCCAACAUGUCUUGUUGUGAUGAUACUUUUCUUCAUUAGUGUCAUCCUGGCUUUUAAGGCUUACCUGAUUAGCUGCGUGUGGAACUGCUAUCGUUACAUCAACAACAGAAACUCUUCAGAUGUGCUGGUCUAUGUAACUACUAACGAUACUGCAGUUCUGUUACCUCAUUACGAAGACAGUGCAAGUGCUGCCGCUAAAGAACCUCCACCACCUUACGUCUCAGCUUAAAGAAGAAAGUCAUACUCCUUAAUAGCAACGAGUCUUCAAACAGCAGCUUUGUACAUGACCCUGGGAAAAUACUACAUUUCAUUUGUUAUACCUUACUGAAGCAGCAGCACUACCAAAUAUCUUGUCAAUGAAUACAUUAUAACUUGCAUUAAUCUUCACUGAUGGUCUGGGCAACUCAAUCCAACAAUGUGUGAUUAUAUCGCCAAGCUUGGGCAAGCUGCGUUUCUUCAACUGCUUGAUUACAACUCCCAUCAUCCGUAGUCAGCACUUUUUGGCUUAGGAUAGUGGGAGGGAUUGUGGCCCAGCCGAAGAUAGAGAAACGGGGCUUGCACGUCCCUGGUAUGAUAGGGUUUCUACAAAAAGAAGUCUGGGGCACAAGUCCAAAAAUGAAUCAAUCAGCAGGAAAAUUGGUUCCCAGGGUGAUUGCUUCACGUUUAGAGUUUAGCCCCAGAUUGCCCUUUUUACAUAACCUACACAUUGAUUAGAGUUGCUAUUCAAUAGGGUUAUUUACAAAACUGAGAUUGUUAGGAAUUGACCAGGGAAUUGCAAAUCAUGGUCUAAGAUAGCCAGGCUGGAAAAAAAAUAAAUUGGAGAUUUUUCUUUCAGAUUGGAUAUUUAGACUUACAAUUUGCAACUCUAGGACCAAAUCCUGGGUUUGGAAUUAACCCUAUAUGUGUGUUAGUGCAGUUCACCCAAUGAAUCUUGCUUGACUUCACCUUAUUGUAUUUGCUAAGUGUUUGUGCCAUCUUAUAAUACCUGCUAGCAAUAAUAUCUAAGACCAGCUAUUAACGGCUACCAUCGCUUUUGUAACAGGAGAAUGCAGUAUUGAAUUUCUAUGCAUAUUGUACAGUAACUAGAUAUAAAAACUUUCCAUUUUACUACCAUCCUUGGUGUUAUGUGUUUAUGUUCCUUUUAAGUAUUCUUUCUAAAUAUUAGAUCCUGAAUUAUACAUAGCUGUAGCAAAGUAUUUACUAUUUGAUAAGAUCUGCAAAAUGUGCUAACUGCAUGCAUCAAAAUGAACAUACAAAAUAUAUUACCGUAUAUGUAACCGUAAUUACGCAGACAUAUAUAAGAUAAUAAUAUAUAUGUGACAUAUAAAUCGAAAAUGAUGUGCAUUUUAAAAUAUCAACAAUUGAUUACGUUUACUUAGUGCUCGGCCAAAGUAAAUAGAAUAAAUUACAUAAAUAUAGUCAUUGAAUAUAAACAUAUAUACCCAGCCUUGUUAUACCUGCUACAGUGAAACAAUUUGUAAAAGAAUGAAGAGUUAUUCAGUAAAGUGAGAAUUCAAAGUGAGCCAGCCUGUUGGUUAUUGGUGCUUUAGGUUAUCAGAAAUUACAGAUUUUCAGCAUAUCACUCACUAAAAUUAAUGAAUUGAAGCACUGUGGUAAAAUAUUUAGACUAAUAAUGUCAGCCAUUUUUGCUAUCUGUAUAUUAUUAGCGGUAACAUACAAUCUGAUCAUAAAAUGGUUUAGCUUGGGACCACAUUGUGUAUUUUACUAAGCCAAGCGUUGUGGGUAAUUGAUCAGGGAAUUGCAAAUUUUAGAUGGAAAAAUACAGUUAAAGAUUUUUUUUUUCAUAUGUCGUCAUUUUAGCGUAAAAUUAUAGAGACUCUAUAGGCACACAGACCCCUUAAUCUCAAUGAAGCUGUCUGGGUGCCAUUACUGUUUUGCAGUAAUGGCAAUAUUUUCAUUGUAGGGUUAAGCUUCCUCUAGUGGCUUUCAUACUGACGGUCACUAGAGGCGCUUCCAGUAAAACUCAACUAUGUCUAUCAGAUUGUCUCAGGGAGAUCAUCUGAUUGGCUAAACACAGUGCUUUAUGCAAAUGCACUUUAGUCUCCCAAUGCUUUCCUAUGGGAAUUAUUUGGAUUGGCUGACAUCACCGAUCUCGAUAAUCUCAGCCAAAGAGGUGGAGCUAAAGACCAAAGACCACCACUGCAGGGGG